AUGGAGCCAGCAAGAAAGAUAGCGAUAGCCGUGGACUUGAGCGAUGAAAGCGCUCACGCGGUUAAGUGGGCUGUCAAGAACUACCUGCGUCCUUCAGACAAUGUGGUGCUGUUACAUGUUCGUCCCACCUCCGUCUUAUAUGGUGCGGAUUGGGGUGCGUCGGAAAUCACAGAGGAAGCUCCUGAUAAGGAGACGAAGCAGAAAAUGGAAGACGACUUUGAUGCGCUGACCAUUGCCAAGGCGAAGGAUCUUGCCGCUCCAUUGGAAGAGGCUGGAAUACAGUACAAGACCCACAUUGUGAAAGAUCAUGACAUGAAAGAGCGUAUCUGCCUUGAGGUGGAGCGAGCUGGAGUCAAUGCCUGCAUUAUGGGAAGCCGAGGGUUUGGUGCAGAGAAGCGGUCAAGGAAGGCUCGCCUGGGCAGUGUCAGUGACUACUGUGUCCACCACUGUGACUGCCCUGUUGUGGUUGUUCGGAUGCACGAGGAUAAGAAGGAAGAGGAAGCGCCAGCAGCAACAUGA